CUCAGCUGAAGUUUAUAACCUGCAGCAUCAGUUGGAAAAGACCUGAGGAACCUAUUACAGCGUCCGGGAUCAGAGAUGGCGCCAAUCUUAGCAGAUAACAGCAGCUCAAACUUGCCGGAAAGGGACAAUUAUGUAAACAAUGGAUUUGGAUAUGUUAAAAAUCCUCAUCUGGACCUGCUAUCAGAAGACAUCCUCUACCAUUUUGACUUGGGAACACGAACACAUGACCUGCCCGCUAUGUUUGGGGACGUGAAGUUUGUCUGCGUUGGUGGAAGUCCAAACAGGAUGAGGGAUUUUGCAAUCUUCAUACACCAGGAGCUGGGUCUGGACGGAGAUGGAAGUGACGUAACUGAUAUUUGUGCCGGCACAGACAGAUACAGCAUGUACAAAGCCGGGCCUGUGCUGUCUAUUAGUCAUGGAAUGGGAAUCCCCUCCAUCUCCAUAAUGUUACAUGAACUCAUCAAGCUUCUUCAUCAUGCCAAGUGCAGAGAUGUGACAAUUAUACGCAUCGGGACAUCGGGAGGAAUCGGCAUUGAACCAGGGACGGUUGUGAUCACUGAUAUUGCGGUGGAUGCAUUUUUCAGACCGCAGUUCGAGCAGGUUAUUUUAGAUAAGGUGGUUAUCAGGAACACUCAGCUCGACCACAAACUUGCAGAAAGUCUUCUACACUGCAGCAAAGAGAUCGAUGAUUUCCCCAGUAUUAUUGGUCACACCAUGUGCACCUAUGACUUCUAUGAAGGUCAGGGGAGAUUGGAUGGAGCGCUCUGCUCAUUUUCUAAAGAAGAAAAAUGCGAGUAUCUGCAAAGGGCGUAUAAUGCUGGAGUCAGGAACAUUGAGAUGGAAUCUUCAGUCUUCGCUGCCAUGUGCCAUUUAUGUGGACUUAAAGCUGCCGUGGUCUGCGUGACUCUUCUUGACAGGCUACAGGGAGAUCAGAUCACGCACAGUCACAGUGUCCUCAAAGAGUUCCAGAAGCGACCUCAGAAGCUGAUUUCCAGUUUCAUUAAGAAGCGACUGCACAUGUGCACAUAGGUGCGGGGCCGUGCUGCACAAUGCGGCCAUGACAUGCACUUUGUAUAUAAACCCUGUACUGUGAGUUAUAUCCUAUAUAUACAUAUAAGAAUACCAGGUUGUAAAAAAACUGGCAGUAGAACCUCUGAACUUUAACUCUUAUAUAUGAUGUACUGUUCACCUUUACAUAGUUUUCAGAAUCUGCAUGUAAAAUAUAUUUAAAGGCUAUGUACACCAUCGGGGGCAAUUUUUUUUUUUAUGGUUGCAUUUUUACUCAUUUUGGGCUAAAGAUUUAUUUUUUCAAUUGGUCUUAAUUAAAAAUGUUCAGCCGUUCUGUCACAAAAGGGUUAAGUCUUUGCCUACCUGUCUGAAUCGUACUUCCACUUUCACUUUGUGCAGGUCAUCUAAUAAACCUUAUCUCUAAAUUACUAAAAGUCACAAACUUAUUUAAGCCAUUGAUAAGAAUUGAGCUGUUAUGAGUGUUUAGGAGGUCAGAAAUCAGCGAUAAGGAGCCAUCAGCUAAGCUGCCUGAUGGCGCACAGUCAAAAUACAGAGCCUGCUACUAGAGAAUCUUAAGGCUUUACAGAGAAAGGGGCUCAACAUUUUUAAUAAAGACCAACUGAAAAAACGAUUUUAGCUCAAAAUGAGUACAAUGCAAUAAAAGUCUUUAAGGGUGCUGGUGUUGUUUGGGGAAGUCUUUUAUCAAAGGGGUUGUCUACUUUUUACAAUACUUUUUACAAUACCAUUUUAUUUACUAAAAUGAAGCUGUUCACAGGUUAUCUCACUACUGAGAUCGUCAUCGAUCGGAUGUCAUCUGUGGGGGAACCUAGGAACAAGUGUUCAAUUCCUCUGCAGUGCCACCACAGGGCAAAUGACGCAUUACACAUUUCUCAUUGACAUCCCUGGGUGGUGCAUGUAAUACACAGAAAUACUCAGUCCGCCAGAGGGAGAGCUGGUCUUUGUAGUUAUUAUCUGUUCCAGCUAGUUGAUGAAAGUCCCAAGCAGCUCAGAAUUUUCUAGUAAGGAGGAAUUCAAUGUUUUUCUACAUUUCAGUUUAUUUAAGGGCAUGUUCACAUUGCAGAAACAAGUAAAUGGUUGCAAAAGUAUACAAACCCAUUAAGUGUAGGGUGCGAAUGUACUUUGCACUGUCCAUAGUUCCAAAAUAUCUUAAAAAUUGUGUGGUCAAAGGCCAGUGAAUGCAGUUUUAACCCCAAAUCUUCCCUAUCGACUUGGCAGCAUAGGAGGUUUAUACAUUUUCUCUGUUUUUGCUAAUGAUCUAAAGCACUUUCAGGUCAGUGGAGUUUAUGAUUAAUGAAUACAGUAUAUGGAGAUUCUUGCCAGCAGAUACAAUUAUAGCGAGCAGUGAUUACAACCGGCCAUAGCUGCUGUGGUUUUGGCAAGACCUUGCAGUACAUACGCGACUGUUUAUGCUGCGUAGUAUUUCUUAUCAGUCGUCUUUUUAUCCAUUCUCUCCCAUUCGCUGCAAUAUGGUUUAAAAUGAUGAAUAUUUUAUGGGUGAUACAAAUUAAUUCUAGAACAAAACAAUACUAAAAUCUCCUUCUUAUGCAUUGCGCAACAAUUAAAAUAAACGAAGGGGGAAAAAACUUUAUGGCAUCAUAAACUUUAUAAAAUAAUAAAAAAGCUUGAAUUUCUAAAUAUUUAAAUCAGUAUAUGAGAUGCAAAUCUAAUAUCUUUUUAAAAUUAAAAUGGGACAACAGAAUAAAUGUUGCGGGAAUCAUUGGGAAUAUCUAUGACUCUAUUCACUGCAUGGUUGGACACCCUUCCACUGAAAUGGAAGAGAGUUAAAGGGAAGGGGGAAAAGUGGGUCCCCCACAAGAAUGGAGCAGCAGACACACCUUGCUCCAUUCAACUCUAUGGGACAGGCAGAGAUAGCCGAGUACAGACGCUGAAAGGAGCGGCAGCACGCAUGCAUGACUGCUGGUUCAUUCAAACAGGGAAGCAUGGGCCUCUGGUCUUGUGACCAACAGGAGCCCACAUGGUCAGACACUCACCCAUCAGACGCUUAUCCCCUAUCCUGUGGCGUAAAUGAAGAUAGAAAUCUAUGGCAGCUCAGAGCUGUUACAGAUUUCAGAUUAGGCACAGGGACUGCUGGGGAAUGUGCCCAAUAUAUGACAAAGCCUACGGCUCGCCAUAGUUUAGGAACAACCUCCAGCAGAGCAGGCGACAUAGACCAACAUAGAAAACACAGGUCUUGGUAAAUCUCCCCCAAUAUUAUCAUUUUCUAUUUUGUCUCUUUUCCUUGAUGUCCCCCAAUACUCCCUUAGACAUGAUGUAGUCAGUGACGUAGUCUUCUAAAUUUAGUUGACAGGACAACCUUUAAGGUUGGCAACCACUUGACUGCUUGUCUGGUGACCACUCUGUGAUUACAUGUAGCUACUUGUACAAAACUAGCCCCAGAAAAUUCUAUCCCAUUUAGGCCUCAUGCACACGACAGUUGUUUGUCUCGGCCUCCGUUCCGUUUUUUUUUGCGGAUAGGAUGGGGACCCAUUCAUUACAAUGGAUCAGCAAAAAAAAUGCUGAUAGUUCAUCUGUU